UAAGAGUUGAUUAUCUACUAGGCUUAUUAUUGAAUUGCAGACACCAGCCAGAUGUGAUUUAGCUCUGGAUUUUAUACAUUAGAAACUAUCUGCGUCCUUGUUACGAGAUGAACACAAAUGCAGUGAUCCGUUUGAUGUCAUUGAUGUCUAUGUGGAUGUGGACCGGACAAGGUCAGACAUUCCAGCCCCAGCUCACACCUAAUGAUUUCCAAGCCAAAAUCACCAGCAAUACGGUAAUACUGAAGCAGCCGUAUUGUAUUUUUGAUCAGACAUGCAAUGGCUGUGAGAUAUGGCUGGUAGCUGCGCUGAGCUCAGCAACCACCACCUUUGAUGCUCAAGCUAACAGCUCAGCUCCCUACGUCCUCAACCUGUCACCCUACCCAACAGCGUUUAACCCAUCAUCAAGGAACUUCUUUGUGACCAAAGUUGGACCUUUGGCAAGCUUCCCUUGUAGUCAAUCCUCUAAUGAUUUCUACUUCAUAGUCGGAGCCGAGGGGAAUUGUAGUGGCACCAACUGUAAUGGAAUAUUACCUAAUGGAUCCAUUGUUAGUUUCAAAUAUCUUCUCAUCGAAGUGAACAACCAGACUAUUGUUAAUAUGUCGAACUGGUCUCCCAACAUUCCUCUUCUGACACUUCAAAACCCUCAAACCAUUAAUGAUGGUCUAAGUGCGAGAUCUGGUGCCAUGGUUGUCAUUACUACCAUCCUAAGUGUGGCUGCGGCUCUGCUUUUACUCCUUUUCUUCAUCAUGUUAUGCGUAGUCUGCUGUGGCAGGAAAGAAGGAAAGCCCAUAUCGGGGGUUUCCCAGACUGUCAUGAGCUCAAUCCGUAUCCCCCGAUAUGACACCCACCUGAAGGACCAAGUGCACCCCUACGACAACCCAGUGUACGAGUCGGAAGUGAAAAAUUAUUCCACAUCAGACACUCUGCCCAAGUCUGGAAUACAGACACAGAAGCUGUGAGCUCCCAUAGACACCGUCAUUGCAGUGCAUAUUUCAUGGGAAGCUAAAUUACUAUGCAGUAUUUCCUAUUUCAAUAUGUCACAAGGCAAAAUAGAGGAAAGGAAGUGAACUUCAAAUUAACACAUCAAUUCUAUGACACACACAUCAUCAUGUAUGUUACAUUGUUGUCCUGGGAUCAGAACUGUUUCCCGUGUAAUAUCAAACCAGAAUGAUUGUGUUGAAACGUAUAUGUGAUCAAAAAAACAAACAAACAAACAAACAGAUGGAACAGAAAUACACUACACUGACUACAACAUGCAAAUUCACUAGAUGGCGCUGUUUAGUAACCAAGAAAAUGUGGUAUUGUGACAGUCAUACUGUAGUAGCCUAUUAACUAGUUCAUUGUUUCCUAACCUUCCUUGCUUUAGGGUUCAAAUAUCUUUGGCUUAAAUAUCUUUGACACCAUACCAGGAAAUUGUUCAUUUUAAGUCAUAUUAUUUUGGAUAUUUGGUAAACCCAGUUGUUAACAACUUACUGCAUUAACAAACAUGAGCAAUGUAAUUUAAAUCAUUAAGUAACAACUACCUUACUGUUUAAAGCAUUAACUUUUGUUAAUGUAAGUCAUUUAAAAAAAAAUCACGUUAAUUUUAGGUCACAGUUCAUUAACUAAUGUUAACAAAACAACAUUUGUAUCUGUAUGUAUUAAAUGUAUUAGUAAAUGUUGAGAUUAAGACUAAGGUUA